AAAAACCAUAACAGUCCACAAUGCUUGAAGCCAAAUUUGAUGAAGCUAUCCUAUUUAAAAGAAUUAUUGAUGCUUUUAAAGACACAGUCCAAUUAUGUAACUUCAACUGUACUGAACAUGGUAUCACUGUUCAAGCUGUUGAUGAUUCACGUGUCUUGUUAGUUUCUUUAUUAGUUGGUGAAGAUGCUUUCCAAACUUAUAGAUGUGAUAGAAAUAUCACAUUAGGUGUUGAUUUAUCAUCAUUAGCAAAAGUUUUAAAAUGUGGUAAUAACUCUGACUCAUUGACUUUGAUUGCUGAAGAUUCUCCAGAUAGUGUUUUGGUUGUCUUUGAAGAUACUGUCAAAGAUAGAAUUUCUGAAUAUUCAUUAAAAUUAAUGGAUAUUGAAUCAGAUUUCUUAAACAUUGAUGACAUGGAUUAUGACUCAGUUAUCACUUUACCAGCUGUUGAUUUUCAAAAAAUCUGUAGAGAUUUAAGUCAAUUGUCUGAUUCAUUAACUGUUUUAGUGACCAAAGAUACUGUUAAGUAUGUUGCAAAUGGUGAUAUUGGUUCAGGUAGUGUUAUCGUGAAACCAUUCACAGAUUUAGAGAAAACUGAAAACUCCGUUAAAGUUGAGUUGAACAAAGCUGUUAACUUAACUUUUGGUUUGAAAUAUUUAUUAGAUGUUAUCAAAGGUACAUCAUUAUCCUCAACUAUUACUAUCAAAUUAGCUGAUAAAACCCCUGCAUUAUUUGAAUUUAAAUUACCAAGUGGUUAUUUACGUUUCUAUUUGGCUCCAAAAUUCGAUGAAGAAGAAUAA